AUGGCCGAAAAGAGACUGACAAAGGUGUUGAAUGGGUUGGAGUCCAAAGAUCUUCUCUCAGACUAUCAGGAAGUUUUUGACAACUGGUUGGAAGGAGGAAUAAUUGAGAAAGUCCCUAAUCAUGAGCUAGCAAAGGACGGCUAUUACCUUCCUCACCGACCUGUUAUAAAAGAGAACAGCACCACGAGAAUUCGUCCAGUUUUCGAUGCAUCAGCGAAAACUAAACUUGGACCUCCGUUGAAUGAUUGUCUAGGGACAGGGCCAAAUCUAAUUGAACUCAUUCCUCACUUGCUAAUGAGAUUUCGAGAAAGAAGAAUAGGGGUGAUUGCUGCUAUUCGCAAGGCAUUUCUUCAGAUCAGCAUCAAGGCUGAAGAUCGAGACAACUUGAGGUUCUUGUGGAAAGAAUCCCCAGAGCAGAGUGAGUACCAGGUGUUCCGUCAUCGAAGAGUAGUGUUUGGUAUCUCCAGUAGCCUAUUCGUACUAGGGGCCACCCUAGACCUACACCUGGACACAGGAAUUGUCAAUCAAGAUAGCGAGAGAGAUGGGGAGCUUCUCCGCCAGUUGAAGCAAUCCUUCUACGUAGACAAUUGCAUAACCAGCGUGGACUCCCUACAGUGUGCAGAGAAAUUCCAAGAAGUGGCUACCAGGACCCUCAAAGCAGGUGGCUUUGACUUUGUGACUUUGAGUCGGUAA